AUGUUUGUCGACUACUCUGGAUUACAAAGAUUUCAACCAAUCAAUGAAGAAUUUUUGAAACAGUACAUCAAACUGUAUCAGUUCUAUAAAUUGCCAAGUAUUCAAGAAAAGAUAUAUAUGGUUAAUAAUGAAUUAGAAAAAAUCAAUAAAUCAAAUUCGUUGAUCUAUAACGUAUCUCUAAUUAAGAUCGAACAGAUUUUUUGCCUUUCAAUAUGUUUGCAACAAAUGAUUAAAAUGUCAGAUAUCAUCAAAAGAUGCCCUACUAUUUAUAUAUUAGAAUUACAAGUUCUAUCAUGCUCACAAUUCAAAAAAUUAUAUUUUGAUUAUGAAGACAAUAAUCAUCAUGAAAAAGAUACAGUAACAAGAUUGAUCAUGGAGUUACGUAGAGAGUACAGAAACUUGACCAUUGAAUUGUAUGAAUCUGUUAAAAAUUUGAUUAUAACCUUGAAACCAAGAAUUGGCGAAUCCUUCAGUUAUAAAAAUUGGAAUAUUCUACAAAAAUUUAUUUUUUACAAGAUUAGUGGUGAUAAAAUGAAAAAACCUCAAAAUAUAAAUCUAAUAAAGAUUAAAAAUGCAAUAAUGAAUGAACAAUUAAUUAUGGAUGACAAUUUCCAAAAUAUCUUUAAAAAAUUCCAGUUUUAUAAAUUUAAUAUAUCGAAAAUUAAUCAACAGAAUUUAGAAAAUUUUAAUUAUGAAAAUUUAAAGUUAAUUAAAACUUCAAACAAAAUUUCAUUAUACUUGAAAGAUUCAAACAGAAUAUAUUCCAUUCCAAACCAAAAAAAAUCAAUUAAAAAUAAAAGCACUGCCAAGCAACCUGCUUUCUUAGAGUUGUUUAAAGAAAACCAACAGCAGCAGCAGAAACAGCAACAACACCAAAAUCACCAACACGAUACUUAUGAAAAUGAAGUCCAAAAUGUAAAUAACAAAGAAAAUUAUACUGGAAACGAUUCCCACGAAAACAUUCAUCAGAUUACUGACGUACCAUCUACCCAGUCACCAAAUAUCAGGUCAGAUAUUUUAUGGGUUAAAAAAUCUAAACCGCUGGGUGAAAUUGAUCCUAAUAGAUAUUCGAAUUCGAGUUCAAAAUAUUUAUCAAUAGCAUCAUUACCAUCAAACUGUGACUCAAAAGAAGAAUCUAAUAGCUCCAUUAAAAGUGAAUUAGAACCAAGAAGAAUAUCUAAAUCAAGAUUUUCUGAUGCAAAUACUUCAAUCAUUAGCUUUAACGACCAAGCAACCUCUAAUUCCGAAAAUGACAGAAUUUAUAGCUCUGCUGACCAAACAAGUGGUGAAUAUAAAAUAAAAAGUUUAGAAGAUCUGACCUUUAAAGAAUUUUUAAGAUACAAAUUUACCAAGAGCAAACAGAAAAAGACAGAAUCACAAAUGUUAUUCUAUUGCUACGAAAAAACACCUCAGUAG